GUCCCGGCCCGGACUCCAUUAGGCUGCAGCUGGGCUGAGAGAAGACAAACCCAGCGGGCAGCGAGCGGAGCGGGCCGGGCGCCUGGGGCUGCCGGGCGGGGGCUCAGGGCAGCGGCGGCCGCCAUCGCCAGAGGGAGCCCCGAGCGGGCGGCGGCGCUGCCUCCGGGACCCCCGGGGGGCACAGGGCCCCGCUCCGCCUCCCCUCACCCCCGCCGCCCCCCCCUUCCCCCCCCCCCCCCCCCGCCUCCCCCCUCCUCGCCCCCCCGGCUUCCCACCACGGCCGCUCUCGGCGAGGAAACUCUGGCCUCCGCUUCCUCCUCCUCCGACUCGGACACCGGCGGAGCCUCCCCGCCCCCGCGGAAGAAAGCCCGGGCCUCCCCGGCGGCGGCGGUGGAGGGAGCAGGAGAGCCCGGGGCUUCCGCGGGCAGAGCAGGCCUCACCUCGUCCCAGUCCCCCUCGCUCCCCGCCGGGCUCGCCCCCGCCGCCGCCCCGCACAGAGGCAGCAGCAGCAGCAGCGGCGUCGGCAGCGCCAUGCAGGCUAACGGGGCAGGAGGGGGCCAGCAGCAGCAGCAGCAGCCGCCGCAGGGGCCGGCGGGCCCGGAGCUGGGCUGCCUGGGCGCCCAGAACGGCGAGGCCUCGGCGGGCACGGCCGCCGGCGACCAGCUGGCCCACGCCAACGGGCUGCUGCCCUCGGCCAACAGCGGUGGCGGCAGCCCCGGUGGCCUCAGCGUCAACAACGGGGUGCCCGCCGCCGGGGGCCCCGGCCCGGCCGCCGCGGAGCUCGGGGGCGGCGGCGGCAGCGCCCUGAAGAAGAAGAAGCGGCUCUCGCAGUCCGAUGAGGACGUGAUCCGGCUGAUCGGGCAGCACCUUCACGGCCUGGGCCUCAACCAGACUGUUGAUCUUCUCAUGCAAGAGUCAGGAUGUCGUUUAGAACAUCCUUCUGCUACCAAAUUCCGCAAUCAUGUCAUGGAAGGAGAAUGGGAUAAGGCUGAGAACGACCUGAAUGAACUUAAGGCCUUAGUGCAUUCUCCGCAUGCAAUUGUGAGGAUGAAGUUUUUGCUGCUGCAGCAGAAGUACCUGGAAUACCUGGAGGAUGGCAAGGUCCUGGAGGCACUUCAAGUUCUACGCUGUGAACUGACGCCUCUGAAAUACAAUACAGAACGCAUUCAUGUCCUCAGUGGGUAUCUGAUGUGUAGCCAUGCAGAAGACUUGCGUGCAAAAGCAGAGUGGGAAGGGAAAGGAACAGCUUCCAGAUCUAAACUUUUGGACAAACUCCAGACGUAUCUACCCCCAUCAGUGAUGCUUCCUCCAAGGCGUUUACAGAACCUGCUACGUCAGGCCGUGGAACUACAACGGGACCGGUGCCUAUAUCAUAAUACCAAACUAGAUAGUAAUCUAGAUUCUGUCUCGCUGCUAAUAGAUCAUGUUUGUAGUAGGAAACAGUUCCCAUGCUAUACACAGCAGAUACUAACGGAGCACUGUAAUGAAGUGUGGUUCUGUAAAUUCUCCAAUGACGGCACUAAACUAGCAACGGGAUCUAAGGACACAACUGUUAUUAUAUGGCAGGUUGAUCCAGAUACUCACCAGCUAAAACUACUUAAGACGUUAGAAGGUCAUGCAUAUGGUGUCUCUUAUAUUGCUUGGAGUCCAGAUGACAACUAUCUUGUUGCCUGUGGCCCAGAUGAUUGUUCUGAGCUUUGGCUCUGGAAUGUACAAACUGGGGAGCUGAGGACAAAGAUGAGCCAAUCUCACGAAGACAGUUUAACAAGUGUGGCCUGGAAUCCUGAUGGGAAGCGUUUUGUAACGGGAGGUCAGCGUGGGCAGUUCUAUCAGUGUGAUUUAGAUGGUAAUCUGCUUGACUCCUGGGAAGGGGUGAGAGUACAAUGCCUUUGGUGCUUGAGUGAUGGGAAAACUGUUCUAGCGUCGGACACACACCAGCGAAUUCGGGGUUAUAACUUUGAGGAUCUUACAGACAGGAACAUAGUGCAAGAAGAUCACCCUAUUAUGUCGUUUACUAUUUCAAAAAAUGGCCGUUUAGCUUUGUUAAAUGUAGCAACUCAGGGAGUUCACUUAUGGGACUUACAAGACAGAGUUUUAGUGAGAAAGUAUCAAGGUGUUACACAAGGAUUUUACACAAUUCACUCAUGUUUUGGAGGUCAUAAUGAAGAUUUCAUUGCGAGUGGCAGUGAAGAUCACAAAGUAUAUAUUUGGCACAAGCGUAGCGAGCUGCCAAUUGCGGAGCUGACAGGGCACACGCGUACUGUUAAUUGUGUGAGCUGGAACCCACAGAUUCCAUCCAUGAUGGCCAGCGCCUCUGAUGAUGGCACUGUUAGAAUAUGGGGACCAGCGCCUUUCGUAGACAACCAGGAUAUUGAAGAGGAAUGCAGUAGCAUGGAUAGUUGAUGGCGAAUUUGGAGCAGACGACUUCAGUUUAACUUAAUUAGUCGUAUUUUAAAUGGCUUGGGAUUUGGUGCAAACAAACAUGAUUGAUAGCUGGACAGACAUGCUCGUCAUGAAAAAGAACCAUUUCUGAAGCCCGGUUGGGGCCAAACAUUUACCACCUUGCUUCAUAGUAACCAGUCGAGAUGAAGCACGUCGUUAGAACGUUGUUGGACACCGUGUUGAAAUUACCCCCCCAUCGGUUGUGAAGAACUGUGCUACAUUCAGGCUAACCAUUGAACUCAAUAUAUAUAUUUUUCCCUCCUGCCUUUUUGUCUGGCAGGCUACUGUUCUUGUUGCUCUUCUGUGUAAUGAAGUUUAAAUGCUUGUUUGGAACACUUUAUUUAACAGUUUAGAAGGCUUGAUAGAAAGAGUGCUUUAGUCUGAAGAGUAUACAUUGGAUAGGAAAGUAUUUCCUUCUCUUGUUUCUCAAGUCUCUCUCCGCCUUACUUAGCUUGAGAUCUUUGCAGCUUGGUUCAUGGAUUCUAGCCUUGCCCGUUGCGCAGUAUAUAUCAAUUGAGAUGAUAAACCAAUGAACUAUGUCAAAAGCACUCUCAGUAUCACAUUUGACAAAAAGUUUUGUACUUUUCACAUAGCUCGUUGCCCUGCAAAAGGGGUUAACAGCACAAUUUUUUAAAAAUAAAUUAUUUAUAGGAUUAAAAUGACUUCAUUUGUAUACAUUUGGAAUUAAAACAAUGCAAGAAGUGUCGUGAAACAUGGUAUCACGGAUGCUUUUCUGGAGUGUCUUGAGACCCAAUCAAAAGCAGUGGCUGGAAGGAGCUUUACGUAGGCAGUGAAGCUUGUUUUGGAAGGAGAAACUCACUGUCCAUCUUUAGAGAUAUUUAGGAAAAAAGCAUUCAGAGUGCAGCACCAGGCUAAGAGUUUAAACAAGACAAGGUCUUUUGGGUUUUUUUAAUUACAUAAAUGUGUGUAACAAUGCUGGUAAAAGGUAGACUACACCUCGAGGGAAGAACGUGUUGAAUCCUUUCUUCACAAAGUCAACAUUUUGUAAAAGUAAUUAACAUACAGAUCGUAAUUAAACACUUGUAUUAUGGUGGAGAUCUUUCUUUGUUUGAUAAACAAAGGUGUAUAGAUUAUUUUCUUUUUGAGAUUAUACUUUUAAGUUUGCAGAUUUAAAUGCCUCUCCCAGGCCUUGUUGCGAGUUGGUGCUGUGAACAUCUUGACACAUCUAGGAAUAGUUCCACUAAUAUCCCAUGUCAAGAAAAGAGAAAGACAUUUAUAAUUUAAGUAUUUAUUCUUUUUGACAUAAACAGAUGGCCUCUGUGCUUCUGCACUACACAAAAAUUCAUUAUGGGAUGGCACUGGAUUCCCUUUUGCCACCUUGGGUGGAAAGGUAGUGUUGGUACUGCUGUGGAGUAAAGAGGGAGCAGGGAAAGGCAUGCCACCGAGAACUGAUGUGAACAGGAGUGUGGACUUCAUCCUUUAAUGAGAUAAUGAUCUAGUGUCCUUAUUAGUCAUGUGUGGAAGAAGGGUGGGGGAAGGUUUGCUGGAGUUCCUGGGAAGAGAAGUGUAGCCACUUUGACGAAUGGGAAUGUGGUGCUUAACAUAAACAGUCCCUUUUUUCUUUCCCAAACAAAGUGAAGCUUAGCAGGUUAGACUUUUUUUUUUUUUGUUUUCUUGCCUUGUGUGUAAACUUAAUUCUGAUACUUUGGUUAAGACCAGCCCUGAAUCUGACACACUGCUCUUUUAGUACCUCCAAAAUGAAGUAGGAACUUAACAUUCUUAGCAAACUAUACAUUUGCCUUAAAAUUAAGGUGAAUUUCUUGGGUGGCAGUUGCUGUUCCACAGUACUGGGAAUACCUGCGUCAACUUAAAACUACAGAUUGGUUCCUUCUUCCGUUGGCUAGUUCUGGAGGAAGCUCUUUGUUUCUCUUCCUAGUUGAGACAGCGUAAGAGUAGUCAGUCUUGUUCCUGUGGCAUCAGGGUUGUAGGGAAACAGACAAUUUCCUAAGUUCAAAUUUGAGUAAGCUGAACCUUUGGGUUUUAAAUAAAAAUUGAGUACCUAAAUUGUAAACAGUGUUUUACGUGUUCAAAACAUGGUAUAAUUCAUAAGCAAUGCCAGUAUGUGAAUCUUUGGAAGUUACCCUAGUGUUGUCUUACUCUGGAACUUACGUUUCCAAACAAAACAUUGUUUAGGGAGAGUCAGGAGCAUCAUCCUGGUUUUGAUGUCUCUUAACAAUGUCUCAUACGAUGGUCUGGUGCUCCUUGCUUACCUCGUGCUCAUGGGACUUCAGUGGGAGCGUUAGGCAGGUGGUGAAGGCUGGAUCAAAUCUCUCAAGUUUAGACUUAAAGCCUCAUACGCACUUCAACAGGCAUUUUUAACGUGGUGGCCGUAUCUAACCAAAGUGAGACUCCUUCCCUGGUACAAGCUGUGUCGGGGCGUGGAUGGGCUGAUGCCUACGUUCCACGGCAAUAUGUUCUAAUUAGAAAUCUAAGCUUAUUACUUUUUGCCAAAAUACCGCCCCUCCGUUCUGGGGUUUCCCUUCUGGACUUGGUUUGCACCUCUCAAAUACGACUCAGAUAUUUAGAAGCAGAGUUAGGGGGAAGCACGUGUUCUGAUAUCUUCACUUUAGUUUCAUGGUGCAAUUAUGCAACGAGAAGGAAAGCUCCGUUUCCGGAGCGUGUCAGUAAGAGCAUGUUUUAUAGCUGUCUGCUGCUCGCAGGGGAUGAGCAGAGAGGAAAGAAAGGUGAGAGGAAUCUUCAUUUGCCCACACUACUUGGUCACUGACGUGUUAGAUCUAGCGGUAACAACUGCCAUUCCAACCUCUAGAUUAAAGGAGGAACCUAAACUAUUGCUAACGUGUCACGUAUUCACAAUAUGUGAAUUGAAAAGUACCAAUACUUUUUGUGCACAGACUAUAAAAUGAGACUAUGGGGGGGGGGGGGGGGGGGACCAAGUUUGCUCAUUUGCAACACGUUGAUUUCCAUGUGCUUAAAAAUGUUCAUAGGCUGGAGCCUAAGGCUGGAACAAGUACACACCCGCAAUAAAUCGCUGUAUUUCUAGUCAACAGACCCAUGGUUUUAGAGGAAAAUACUGUAAGCGUGUACUCCUUUUGUAACUUUUCUCUGGUUGGCUGUUGGCUUAAAAUAUUCACAGUGGCCCCAGGUUAUUGUUGAGGCAGAUCUUUGAGAGGGGAAAAAAAAAAAAAAAUUAUGCCGAAGCAUUUUAUUAUCAGAAUGUUCUUUAGCCGUUCAGGUAAGUAAUUUUCAAGGCACAAUGGAGCAUAAAAGGGAAAAUGCUAGAUUUGUCCUUGUUUUGGAGGGGAGGGUAGUGGGGGGGAAAUGACACCUUUGUUUUAAAUUCCCUCUAUCUUUUCUAAAGUUCUCCAACUUUUAAAGUUAACUUCUUUUUAUGAUUAGAGCAAAGAUGCAACCUAGAAAUCUAUCCAGAUCUUGCCAGUUACUUCUCAACUUGCCUUCAAACAGGUAACGUUUAAUAAAACUCAGUACGUUCUUGGGAGUUUGUGUCUAGUUGGAUAAUCUUACACUGCUAAGCGAUACUCCCAGCCCAAAUCAGUCUUGAAGGCUUCCUUAGCAGGAAAGCGGGACUCGUACAGUUAGCUGUAGUUUGAGGGGAGAUGUUGUAGACCCAAACGGGGAGGGGACAUAGAGAAUGAGGAAUGGACGUAAAAAGCAGGAUUUACUGACCAACAGAUAAACUACUGUAACUCAAGGGGGAGGAGGAAAAAAUGCACUUUCAAUAGUUUGUCCGUAUUUUUAGCUACAAAAUACGCUUCUAUCUAAUUUUUUUUUUUAUUUGAGACAACUAUUAAGAGGAACACCCAUCCCAUAAAUGGCUAAUCCUCUUUUUGACCUCCUCCUGACUUUUCCACGUUGGCUUGAGCCCAUUUUCAGCUGCCGUACUUAAUUUUGAAAACUGCUACUUUUAACUAUGUUUAGAAAGGAAAAAAAAAAAAAAAAAUCCAAAUCAUUAACUCCGACACUUUUUUCUAAACAGGGUGGACUUAAUUGAAGUGUGCAGUGUUGAACUACUGCUGCAGUAGCUGCCUCUAGUUGUUGAAAUAAACUGUAGACAAGUUUUCUGUCUAUUAAUCCAGAUAAUCUGGAUUCAAUACAAUGCCUGUGCGCGUGUUCCUCCCGCCUGGUAUGAAUGUGCGUGUGCGUGUGUUCCGUGAACAGACAGAGAACCAAAUGUUCUAGGUACUUGUCAUGUUUUAUUGCAUACUUUUAAGUCGUGUGUAUGUGAAGUGUCCUUUGACCAGAAGGUUUUUGGUUAAUAUCAGUAUAUUUUUAUAAAUUUGAAAUUCAUCGUGCCCCAUCUUUUUUUUUUUCUUUUUUUUUUUCUUAAAACACUUUUUUUUUCAUUGUUAGGGUAUAUGUGCUAGAUUGGAAUCUUUAACAUUUUUAGGCACAGAUGGAAAAAGUUAUUGGCUCCUUGAAAACAUAUGGGACAAAAUGGAUCCUCAAAGCAUGUAUGUACUUACAAACCAAGCUGUAGAGAUCACGAAAAGAAGUUUUAUUGUUGAUCUCAAGAUUUCUAAAUUGUCAAGAUUUAUAUGGAGUUGUGGUGGAACUAGUUAACACUUAGAGCUUUUGGUAUGUAAUGACUAUUUGCUAUGGACUGAUAUUAAAUGUUUCAAAGGAUUGCGUUCUUAAACUUUCUGGAUUUUUGUUACUCUCCUCGGAUUAUAUUAAGUAGUUAAAAAUUUCUUUGCUAUAUUACAUUAAAAACAUAAGAACUUUG